AUACAUACAAUUUUGUUGUGUGUAUUUGUUUUCUGGCGUGUUCAUAGAAAAUUUUGUGAAAAAAGAAUUGUAAUAAUAGAAAAAUAUAAUGGAAGAUAUAAAAACAAGCCUUGAUAAAAUUUUGGCCAAAUUCAAUGACAGCGUAACCCAUUCUGCUCCGAAGAAACUAAGUUUUGAACAUUUAAGCGACUCUUUCAAUGACUCGGGUACAAUACCGAAAAAGAGACGGUUUUCUCAAAGUUUCGAGGAUAAUUCGUCAAAUGUGAGCCACAAUCAAAGUAACACAUCGGUGAAUUCAAGUAUUACGGUGCCUCCUAGUCCUUGGGAAACUAGACGCAUGAAAGCGGAUUUAAUUGAAGCAAAAACUAGAAUUACAAAAUUCAAGCAAGAAAUCGAACGUUUACAUAAAUUAAGACAAGAAUCUGAAAUUUUGUAUGAAAAUCGAGUUUCGGAAUUGAAAAAGCAAUGCGAUUUCUCUUCUGGAAAAAUACAAGAUUUAGAGAAACAUAUGCAAGUUUUAAGGAAACGUGAGUAUGCAGCAAAACAGGAAAUGCUAAAGGCUCAAAAUGAAAUCCAACAACAAAAACAUGGAUACGAAGACAUGAUUCUUAAAUUACAAAGAUCUAAGCAUGAUGUAGAGGAAAAUGCACGUCUUAUUCAAAAUAGUAUGGCCAAUGAAUUAAGCGAAUAUAAGAGGCAUGCAGAAAAAAUGGAAUUGGAAAUGGAAUUAACCUCUGAUGAGCUGGAAUCAACUAAAAAUCAGUUGGAGGAUUUUAAAGCUAAAGUUUCCUCUUUUGAUGACUUGAAACUGCAACAUGAGAAAGUCAGUCAGGAUUUAGUAUAUGCCAAUCAACGCAUUAAAGAAUUGGAAUUUGAAAUAGCUUCCUACAACGAUUGGAAGGAAAUCACCAAGAAUUCUCAGGACCGCUUACUAAGCAUUCCAGAUAUGGACAAAGAAAUCGAACGUUUACGUUCAAAUAAUAAGCAGCUGCAAGAGUUGCUAGGAAAUAAGUUAUUGUUGGAGGAGCAAGUGUACGAUUUGCGUUCUCGUUUGGAAAAGGAAGAAGGAGCCCGAUCCGAGGCUGUGGAAUUGCAAGUGAAAUUGAAGCAUGCACAAGAAGACCUUAACGAAUGGAUUAAGGUGGGACAAGACCAUUGUCCUCAGAAUACAUAUGUCAAUCCCAUGGCAUUGAGGGCACGUAUAGAAGAACUUUUGCAACAUGAUGUUCUUAUGGUUUCUGAAAAGAAUUCAAAGGUUUCGGAAUCUAAAACCCUUGAGAGCGAAUUGUUGGACCUUAAGCAAAAGUGUGAAAUGUAUGUUAAGAACCUGGAAGAAUUGAAUGCAGAACUUAAACGCUACAAGGCUUUUAAAGCUCGAGUCCAAAAGAAACUUCUUUUAGUUUCUAAAGAACGAGAUUGUUAUAAACAAUUAUUAGAAAAUUUUGAAAAAGAUCUUACAAUCUCCAAUCCGUCUGGUGGUGUGGAUCUUUCUUCGACAGAAAAUCAACUUAAAAUGAGGGUUGAAAUGCUUGAGAAAACCUUAUUGGGUUACAAAGAUAUGUGCACAAGUUUAGAAAAAGAACUGACCAUUGCUAAAGCUUUGCCAAACAUGGAUCAAGUCAUGGAACAAAGUACUAAUAUGAGUGUUGAUUCAACAGUCGGCUAUGAACACUACAAAAAAGAACUGGAUCAGUUGCGUGCUGAAAAUGAACGCUUACGUAGACGGAAAGAAGAGCUAGAACUUGAGUUAGAACACCGUUGUCUCAAAGGUGAUUUUAAUAUGGAUAAGUACAAAGUUGUACACUUGAAACUAAAUCCUGCUAGCGAAGCAUAUGAAAAUGCUGAAAAUGUAAUUGAAAAAUUACAAGCAGAGAUUGAACGCUUAAAACGAAAAAAUAAAAAACUUGAAGAAGACAAUGAAGUAACGCAAGCUCGCUUCAACGAGUCCACUAACAUGACUAUGAAUAUUAAAGAGCUCAACCAAUUACGCAGUGAACUGGAGUCAAUGAAUUCCAAGAUGAAAAAAAUGAAAGAAUGCUAUAAAUCCGCAAGUCUUGAGUUUCGUGAAGUAGUUUACAUGCUGUUUGGUUAUCGCAUAGAUCGUGUAGGAGCCAAUACAAAUUACAAAAUUUCUAGUAUGUAUGCAGAAAGUCCGGAUCAUUAUUUAAAUUUCCGUUUAAAUGAGUCUAAUGUAUUGGAUAUGCUAGAGACACCAUAUUCAGCCACAUUAAAGCCACUGAUAGAAACUCAGUUGGUGGGUAAUAAAUCGCUGCCGGCAUUUUUGAGCGCCCUAACAUUGGAUUUAUUUCAAAAAACUACAAUAACAUUGGCAUAAUCUUCCUUUUAAGUUGAAGUUACUUUAUACAAAUCAACAUCAAAAUACACACAUACUUAAUAUAUAUAUAUUUACAACAACAAA